UUACCGGUUACAAUAGGGAAUCAAAAUAUUGGGAAUGGAUUGAUUGAUCUCGGAUCCAGCAUAAAUUUAAUUCCUUUAUCAAUAGUAAAGCGGCUGGGAAAUAUUGAGAUGAAAGCAACAAGAAUGACUCUGCAACUAGCUGACAAGUCUACCACUCUCCCAUAUGGAAUUGCACAAGACAUGUUAGUGAAAGUUGACAAAUUUUUGUUUCCGGUAGAUUUUGUGGUAAUCGAUAUGGAAGAAGAUAAAGUCUCACCUAUCAUUCUUGGAAGACCAUUCAUGAAAACAGCCCGGAUGAUGAUUGACAUCGAUGACGGUAUAAUGAAGCUAAGAGUCCAAGAUGAAGAGGUAUGUUUUAACCUCUUUGAUGCCAUGAAACAACCCAAAGACAAGAAUGAUUGCUUUCGCAUGGAUGUAACUGAAACAAGUGUCGAAGAAGUAGCAAGCCAAAUUCAUCUUUCUAACCCUUUAGAGAGGUCUCUUGUUGAGUCAUUUAAUGUACUCACUCAAGAAGAAGAAAAAGAAAUUGAGUUGUUUCUAAAAGAAUUAGAGAAAGGUGGCAACACAUCCAACAAAGAAGACAAAGUGGAGGAUUUGGAGCUGAAAAAAGAAGUGAAAGAGUCGAAGUUAGAAUUAAAAGUGCUUCCAACUCAUUUGAAAUAUGUAUUUUUAGAUGAAGAAGGAAGAAAGCCGGUCGUUAUUAGCUCAAAGUUAAAUGCGACCGAAGAGGCAAGACUCAUACAAAUCCUUCAAAAGAAUAAAGCAGCAAUCGGAUGGGUAUUGGCAGAUUUGAAAGGUAUCAGCCCCGCAUAUUGCAUGCACAAGAUUAUGUUAGAAGAAGACUUCAAACCAGUGGCCCAACCACAACGAAGACUGAACCCAACAAUGAAAGAGGUAGUAAGGAAAGAGGUAAUCAAACUCCUUGAAGCAGGAAUGAUUUACCCAAUUUCUGAUAGUGCAUGGGUAAGUCCGGUACAAGUUGUUCCAAAGAAGGGAGGCAUGACGGUAAUCCGGAAUGACAAGAAUGAACUCAUACCAUCUAGAACUGUGACCGGGUGGCGCAUGUGCAUAGAUUACCGGAGACUCAAUAAAGCAACGAGAAAAGACCACUUUCCAUUACCAUUCAUGGAUCAAAUGCUUGAGAGAUUAUCGGGGCAGAAUUACUAUUGCUUUCUGGAUGGAUAUUCCGGAUACAAUCAAAUCGUAGUCAACCCAGAAGAUCAUGAGAAGACAGCAUUUACAUGUCCAUUUGGAAUCUUCGCAUAUAGGAGGAUGCCAUUUGGACUAUGCAAUGCCCCAGCAACCUUUCAACGAUGCAUGCAAGCCAUAUUCUCUGACCUUAUUGAAAAGAGUAUUGAGGUAUUCAUGGAUGACUUUUCAGUGUUCGGAAAGACAUUUGAUACAUGCCUGAAUAAUCUGGACGUGGCACUUGAAAGGUGUAUUGAGACCAACUUGAUUCUUAAUUGGGAGAAGUGCCAUUUUAUGGUAACAGAGGGAAUUGUACUCGGACACAAAGUAUCUUCAAGGGGACUUGAAGUAGACCAAGCCAAGGUGGAGGUAAUUUCAAAACUCCCACCUCCAAUCAAUGUCAAAGGAGUACGAAGCUUUUUAGGUCAUGCAGGAUUCUACAGAAGGUUUGUUAAAGAUUUUUCCAUGAAUCCGGCCAAGAGAGUGCGCACCAAGUCCACAAGCUCUGGUCCUAGAGGAUCCCGUGCUACUGCAAACCAAGCUGAUAGAUUUCUAGGUCGGGCCCAAGCAGACAGGUUCAAGAAUCUGGGUUCCCGCACCAUUUUAACGGAGAAAGUGGUUGUCCCCUUAGGACAAGGAGGGGGUCCUUUUGCUGCUAUGUGGGAUUUUCUUGAGAAUAGGAACUGGCAACGUGUGUUCGAACCACACACCGUCAUUGACUAUGACAUAGUAAAGGAAUUCUAUGCAAACGCUAUCAAAACCACCGAUGAAUCAGUAGCCUACACAUAUCAAUCCUAUGUAAGAGGAAAAACUGUGGCAUUUGAUAGAGCUUCAAUCAAUGAAUUUUUAGGGGAACCCCUCCAAUUGACGGACAAUGAGAGGUGUUUCUACAGACAAAAUGUAACUAACUGCGUCAAUCUUGUGGAGCUGAUGUCUGAAACAAUUUGUAUUCCAGGGAGAGGACCAGAGCUUAGCCGGCAGGGAAAUCCAACCCACUACAACAGGAAGGAUCUGAGCAUUCAUGCAAGGGGCAUCUUAUCAGUGAUCCUGUACAACAUCAGGCCAAGGACACAUGUUACCACGGUUCCGCUCGAAUUGGCAUUCCUGAUAACCGCCAUCAUGACCGAGAACACUGUUGAUGUUGCCUUCAUUCUUUCGAAUGAACUGCGCCGAGCUGCAUUGAGUGACACACAACAUGGCAUUAAUGCCAAAUGUGUGUUGCCACUACCUGGAUUGAUUAUGGGGCUUUGUAAAGAAGCCGGAGUGGAAAUUCCUGGACAGGGACAUCACGUUAUUAACACUUUUAUUGAUGAUGUUUAUAUUGACAGGUUUUGUGCAAAGCCAUAUUACAGGGAUCAAGCAACCGAUCCUCCUCCAGCUGGACCUUCUGUUUCUGCAGCACCCCCUCAGGGUAGUGCAGCCCCUUUUGACCCUCUGGUAGCCCAUCAUUAUUAUUCUGCUAUGUUUGAAGCAAAUCAGAGGUCCCACAUCUUUCUGCACGAUGCUAUGCAGCAACAAUUCAGGAACCUGUCUGUAGCUCCUGAAGAGAGAACUUUCCCAACCAGGGAAAGCUAUUUCACUUACUGUGGUUGGCCGGAGACCAACCCUUUUCCUAGUGGGGGGGAUGCAGGUGGUGAUACAGGUGCAGAUGCAGGUGGCACUGUUGGGGCUGAUAACCAACAACAGGAGAAUGAUGCGGAUAUUGAGGCUGAUAUUGAUGCCAUGUUUGUAUGA